CGCAGCACUGAGGCACGGCAAACGCUAGUUUCGAGAAUCGACACGUAGUUUACCAGAGUCAGGUUUGGCAACGAAAGAAAACGAACCUAUCAUCAUCACCACACUUUCUGCAACCAUCAGAACAGCAGACAGAGAGUAUUAUAACGUGUCUCCCAACCAAGACAAUGCUAUUCUGAUGCCCAUGUCAAUGCACAUGAUCAGCCCUUGAUAGAUAUUAAAUUGCUGCGAUCGGCAGAUUGUAAUGUUGGUCCCGGGUUGGUCCUUCACGUUUCGAGCGGCGCGACGUGUCGUAUUUUAAGCUGAAGUGGUUGUAUUUAAAACUAUUUCAUCGCUCCCCUUGGUAAAGAAAGACUGAAUUUUUGAAACUUUCGAUGCUGGGUAUAACAUGUUUUUGCAACAUGUUUGAUAUAGUCGGUCUUUUAUCUCUCAUUUCGAGUCUAGUUAUUCCUGUCAGCGUCUGUAUUGUUGCUGGAUUAGUAGUGUUAACUCCUGUGUUCAUCUGUGUUGCCAGAAAUCAUUUUAAAAAUAAGAAAAAAUCUUGUGGUGAACAUGCAUCUACUGUGGCAUUUUUUCACCCUUAUUGUAAUAUGGGUGGUGGAGGAGAAAGAGUUUUGUGGUGUGCUAUUCGUGCCAUUCAGACAAGGCAUCCCGCGGUGAAAAUUGCAGUGUACACUGGAGACUUAGAAAGUUCUCCAGAUGAAAUUUUAAAUAGAGUUAAUCAAAGGUUCAACAUCAUUUUACCAAAUCCUGUAGAGUUUAUCUACCUACGACGUCGACCAUGGGUUGAAGCAAAAAUGUACCCCUAUUUUACUUUGCUGGGACAGAGCCUUGGAUCUAUAAUUUUAGGAUUGGAGGCAUUGUUUUCAUUUUUACCAGAUGUGUACGUUGAUUCCAUGGGCUAUGCUUUCACUCUGCCUCUCUUCAAAUACAUUGGCUGCUGCCGGACGGCUUGCUACGUUCACUAUCCCACCAUCACAAGUGAUAUGCUGCAUAGAGUGUCUCAACGAACUGUUGCCCACAAUAAUCGCAGACUUGUUGCUCGAAGUCCUUUUUUAACUGCUGGGAAACUUCUAUAUUAUCGGAUUUUUUCCAUGGCAUAUUCGUGGGCUGGACGGUGUGCAGAUUGUGUAAUGGUAAACUCUAGUUGGACAGAAGAUCACAUAAAUGAUCUGUGGAAGUGUCCUCUCAAGACUCACCGAAUUUAUCCACCAUGUGAUGUCAAUGAUUUGAAGCAACUUCCAAUAUUGAAACAAGAUGCUAAUAAAAAAGACAAAUUGCUCAAGAUUGUGUCAGUUGGUCAGUUCCGACCAGAGAAAGAUCAUCCAUUACAAUUGCGAUCUAUGUAUGAGCUGAGACAAUUGUUGCCUGAAGACUUAUGGGAACGGGUGCGACUCACAUUUGUGGGUUCAUGUCGUGAUGCAGAAGACGAACAGCGUAUGCGUGACAUGAGUGACUUGUGUAAGCAUCUCUCCCUGGAAAACAAUGUGGAAUUUAAAGUUAAUAUACCAUAUGAAGAACUGCGUCAAGAAUUGAAGGAAUCUGUCAUUGGCCUUCAUGCGAUGUGGAACGAGCACUUUGGCAUUGGUGUUGUGGAAUGCAUGGCUGCUGGGCUGAUAAUGGUGGCACAUCGUUCAGGGGGACCGCGAAUGGAUAUAGUGGAGGAAGCAGAGGGCAGCCGGAAUGGAUUUCUGGCCGAGAGUGAAAUGGAAUAUGCUCAAACUAUUGCUGCAAUAUUGCAACUAUCUGCAUCAUCUCGAGAAAAUAUAUGUACUGCUGCAAGAGCAUCGGUGGACCGUUUUUCUGUGGCAGAAUUCGAAACUGGCUUCUUAAGGACGAUGCAACCUCUCUUAUCAAAUUCAUAAUCUCAAAUAAAGCAAGAAUUUGUGUGGGGAAAAAAAGAAAUUCUUGGCUCUGUUUUCUAACCAAGUUCCCAGUAAAUACCAAUUUCCCAUGUUUCCUGAUCAGUGGCAUGGUGUGACAUUUUCCCAGAAUCAUGAAGAUUUGCUGUAUCAAGCCUAUCCUUCUGUUGUGAAGGAAUGUGGGUGUAGAAGUAGAGUAUCAAAUUUGUUUGGAAGGUUUUCGGCUUGGGACCUAUUGACAUUACUUAAAUGACUUUUUGAUAUUGUGCGUAUACUUUUCCUCUUAAUUUUCUUAGAUUGCACCUUGAUAUUAAUUGAAGAUCUAAUUUGGAAGAAAAGAUUUCAUUAAGAAAAAAUCUUUGAUGGGUGAGAAAAAGGGUUUAGGUCAUUUCUCAGGAGAACAAAAAAACUGUUUAACAUUGCGAAAUGGUGAAUAAACAAAACUCACGCUUCAAUUCUGCACCUUAUUUCUGACCGUAUUAAAGGAGAAAUUAAGGAAAAUUAUUUGAAUUGAAUUGAUGCUGUAUUUUACAUGGCGAGGCUCAGGCCAUCAGACCUGCUCUUCCGUCUGACCACGCAACUUUCGCUAUGCUCCUUUCACCAAGUAGCAGAGUAAAG